AUGAGAUACAAUACUUUAUUACCAACUUUAGCCUUAAUUGCCAAAGCUUUAACUAUUGAUAUUACUUCCGAUACUAUUACCAGAGGUUCAAUUGAUACUGAAUGGCAAGGUGCUUAUGUUGCUGCCGGUGCUGACUGGUCAAUCAUCAACAACGAUCACACUUACUUUAACGGUAACUUAAAAGUUGAUGGUGGUUUAUACAUCAAAGCUGAACCAGAUUUCGAUGGUUUAACUGUUUCCCAAGGUGCCCUUUUCAAAAACGAAUUCACAGUUGGUUCCGAUGGUAUUGUUGUUGUUGACUCAAGAGGUACUGAUUUCACUGCUUUCUACUCAUUCACUGCUUCACAAUUCGAUAACCAAGGUAAAAUCUGGUUAGCUGAUGCUGGUGAUGCUGGUGUUCCAACUUUAGCCAUUACUUCCCAAGACUGGAACAAUGAUGGUUUAAUCCACGCUUACCAAGAUUACAGAUCUUUAGGUUGGUUAAACUUAGGUUAUGAUUUACAAUCAAUCACUAACAAUGGUGCUAUCUGUUUACAAAACACUGCUUACAGACAAGCUAACAAAAUUGUUGGUAACGGUUGUAUCGAUAUUGGUAAAGAUUCUACUGUUUGGUUAGCUUACACUUUAUACUCAGUUGAAGAUCAAACUUUAAUCUUCACUGAUACUACUGGUUCUAUCAGAGCUGAUGCUUGGGGUUCUGACAAAACUUAUAACGUUGUCGGUUUUGGUGAUGAUAACGUCAUUGGUAUGUCUGUUCCAAUCAACUCUUACUCAUACAAUGGUGAAGGUAUUUUAAAAAUUUCUGAUGGUAUCACUACUUUCAGUUUCAACAUUGGUACUGGUUACGAUGAAUCUAAAUUCGAAAGAAUUAGUGCUGAUUACGGUAAAGGUAUUAACGGUGUUAUUAACGGUGGUAUUAAAUAUAACGGUGCUCCAGUUAACACUGAAAGACCAUCAACUUGUCCAGCUUGUUUAGCCAUCCCAGAUACCCCAACUGAAGGUUCUUCAUUAGUCCCAUCAUCUACCAUGUCUGAUUUCGAAACUAGCACUUUAGCUACUUCAACUAUUUCAUCUGUUACUCAAUCAUCAACUGAAUCAUCAACUGAAUCAUCAACUGAAUCUUCUUCUGCUGCUACUUCAUCUGAUGCUUCUUCUUCUGCCGCUACUUCAUCUGACGCUUCCUCAUCUGCUGCCACUUCAUCCGAUGCUUCAUCAUCUGCUACUGAUGCUUCAUCUUCAGAAAUUACCUCAGCUGCUUCAUCUACUGCUUCAGACGCUUCUGCCUCAUCUGAUGCUUCUGCUUCUGCUUCUGCUUCAUCUGAUGGUGUUGAUUUAGGUAACAACGGUGGUGCUUCUGCUUCUUCUUCUGCUGCUGUCUCAUCUGAUGCUGGUUCAUCAGCUGAAUGUACUGGCUGUACCGAAUACACUACUGGUUUCACUACUACUGAAUCAAGCGGUGCUGUUGUCACUGGUGAUGAAGAUAUCUUAAUCACUACCUUAUCAAACGGUGAAUACACUACUAUCACUUCAAUCAUUAACUCCGGUACUGUUCCAUCAGAUGUUUCAUCAUCAGAGCCAUUAACUACCCUUGCUGCCGAAGCUGUUAACGCUACUACCGUUUCUGACAUCCAAACUACUAUUGUUACUAUCACUUCAUGUUCUGAUAACAAAUGUCAAGAAAAAGCUGUUACCACCGGUUUAACUACUGUUUCAGAUGAAACCACUAUUUACACUACUUACUGUCCAUUAACCACUGCCGCUGCUGAAGAAUCAUCAAUCACCACUGAAGGUGCUAAAGUUGUUGAAUCAGGUGAAGUUACUACUGUUGUACCAAAAACCUCAGUUGUUACCAUCACUUCAUGUUCUGACAAUGGUUGUGAAGAAUCUUUAAGUACUUUAACUACUGAAGUUACUUCAUUCAUCACUUUAUCAUCACCAUCUGUUGAAGCUGCUGCUGCUUCAAAUGGUUCAUACUCAGCUCCAGAAGUUGCUCCAGCUGAUGUCAAUGCUGGUUCAUCAUUAAAACCAUUAUCUUUAUUAUUUGCUGUUGUCUUAGCUGCUUUAUUAAUCUAG